AUGUUUGCUCCAACCCACAACACCGCAACCAGCGACAAGCCUACCGCGGCUCCCCCCGCUCCCAUCUUGGAUUUUCCCACCAUGUACGGCCAGAAGAAGGGCAAGCAUCUCCAGGCGACCCCAAAGUUGGCCCCGCAGCCAAACGUCAAGGCAGCUGAGCAGCCGACCACCGUCCCUGGCCCAGCUCUUGUGUCGUCCCCUAUCGGCGAUAGUAGCGAAGCAGACGAGACCGACGUAGCCCAGCUUCAGCAGGCCAACGGCGAGGCAGUCAACAAGGGCAUCUCCGCUGCAGUUCAGCAGCAGGACGACACUCAUUACCUCAACCAACCUACGGACAAGUUCCGCGAGCUUGCCAACAGGCCUCUCCAGGAGCGUCUCGCUCUACUUCGAGGUCCUACCAUCGAUGUGAAUUGUGGCGCGGCGCGUUUCGAGGUGCCAAUUUCUUUGCUGAUGGCGGUGUCAACCACAGCUUGUGACAAGUGCAACAAGCGGAAGCUCACAACCCUAGAAGUCGACCCACUUCUCAUCGCUGGGGUCACGCGUCUUCUAGACUGGCUGAGGACUUCGUUGGCUAAAUACUGUCCAUAUGGCCUGCAAUCCGUUGGCAGCGACGCCCAAUCUCUCGCGACGGACAACGAUGUCGUUCUCGCCGGUGAAGCUCUUGGGAUGCACGACAUUGUCCGUAAGUUGCGCGGCUGUUGGUGGCAAUGGCUGAAGUUCACCAACGUGGAGGAGAUCGGCCUGGAUCGUCUCCAGGUUCUGGAGGACCGCAUCUCCGACAAUUUCGUCUCAACCAUCGCUCUAAUGGUCAUCGAUGACCGAGUUUUUCCUUUCGUCGACGGCCAGAUCAAGGAGCCUGCGCGCACUCAGUUCCUCCAUUGGCUCUCGCAGCUUCCGAAGAUGCGGGGCCGCUUCUUCACCAAAGUCAAUCAGAUUGAGCAGCAGCGCACCACAGCCUUGCGCAAGCAGGACGAGUGGAAGAAGAACAAGGAACAUGCACAUCAGCUGCGCAAGAAGCAGCUUGCCCGUGACCGUGAGAUGCGAGCCGCAGCUGAGGCAAAGCUGGACCGUGGUGGUGUCACUCUGCUAACGCCCGCGGAAGCGCGCACGCUGGGCCGUCAUGGCAUGGGCGCUUGA